AUGAGGCUGGGCGCCGGUCCCACGCUGCUGCUGACGGCCGUGCUCUGCCUCGCUGCCCCUGCGCAGUCCGCGGUUCUCAACGCCACUGCCCUCGUCUCCUGCGACAGCGCCGCAUGUGCAAACGCUAGCUGGCCGAACGCAUCGCUGCCCGCGGAGUGCGACGCCUGCGGCGCCUCGGCGACGAAGCGCUCUCAACCCGACUGGCCGAGCUUCGUCCUCUUCAUGCUGCUCCUCCUCGCGUCGCCGUUCCUCGUCCGCCUCGCCUUCCGGUACGCGGUGCGAGCGUUCUGCCACGUGCACGACGUCCCGCGUCGACAUCCGUUUUGGGUCGAGGUCGAACCGGAGGCCGACGACGAGGCGCCGCCGAGCCCGAGCAAAUCAGUCAAGGUCGCGCCGCUCUACGAGGAGACGCCCGUGCUACGUUUCGAGCCCGCGACGACGCCUCGGGACCUUCCCGCGCCGACCGCGGCCUGGUCGCCUUCGACGACGAAAACGCCGCGGGACCGCCCCGCGCCCGCCGCGGAGCCGGAGCCCGCGACGACGACGACGCGGGACCGCCCCGCGCCCGCCGCGGAGCCGGAGCCCGCGACGACGACGACGCGGGACCGUCCCGCGCCCGCCGCGGAGCCGGAGCCCGCGACGACGUCCACCGCGAGGCAGCAGGAUCUCGCGAAGAAGUACGCGAAGAAGAUGAUCAAGCAGCGCUACGAGAAGAAGUUCGCCGAGCUCCGGAGAAAACAGGCCGCGGUCGAGGAGCGGCUCCGGCGCGAGCGCGCCUCGCGGGACAAGUGCUCCCAGGCCCUCGACACGGUGAACGACAUCGCGCAAGAGGCGAAAUCGGGCGCGGUCGCGCCCGGGCGCGUCUCGAUGCUCGAGAUGCUGGGAAUCGGAGAGGGCGAGGCCAAGGAGGCGGCGGACGCGGCCGGCGGCGACGCGCAGAAGGCCGAGCUCUCGCUGCUCGCGGGGCUCUUCAAGCCCAAGCCGCGGGCCGAGCCGAAGUCGCCGGAGGCGGAGGCGCCGCGCUCGAGAACCCCGAAGGACCGCUACCGCGCGUGA